GAUUAAUUGACAAAAGGAAGGUAUUAGAGCAACAACAACAACAACAAUAAAAAAAAGAAUGGAAGUGGUAGGGUAUGUAAAUAAAGUAAAAUAAAAAUAUAAAAAAAAAGAAAGGUACUUUAUAUAAAAUAAAAUAUCCGAUCCUUGUCAUUAUACCUAUUGUUUAUGUUGUGUGCCUAAUGGAGUAACUUUUGUAUCACACAUAAAGUUUUACAAAUUCCCAGCCGUUUUGCUUUUUUUUUUUCUUUUUUUUUUUUUUUUUCGUUAGAAUUAAAUUCGAGAAAUGGCUCUAGCUACAUUUCCACUAAUUAUCAGGCGCUGGAAACGCUCAAUUUUAUUUUCUGGGGAUUAUGCUCAAUACACACAACUUAGAGAAUAUUUGCCUGAAGAUAUAUUCCUUGCUCGUAUUGAAGCACUUGACUCACAUGUCUUGAAAGAAUACCCACAUGUCUGGUUGGACACUUAUCUUUUCUUUAUAGCCAUCUGCUUUGUCAUUGCAACUGCUGCAUUCUCUAUCAUUGCUCGUGCUGCACAAAUCUCAAUGUGGUACCCCUUGAUCAUGUUACUCAUUCCAGCAACGAUUGGUUUUAUCACCACAAGAAGAAGAAAUACUUACUAUAAGAAACUUGCUGCUUAUUAUGAAUCACUGCAAAUUGUCCUGAAAGAAUUUAAUUCGAUAGAUGUUACUCAACAAAUAAAAUGGAGCUUCAGAAGAUUGCGUGAUACAGAUACACACUCCUCAAUGCAUUUGGUGAAUCGACUCUCCAAACAAAAUAUCAACUUUGUGGUCGAAAUAGUACAAAUCGAUAUGGAAAAUGAACUUUUAGAAGAAGGAGAACAUUUACCAGCUUAUGAUACUUCAAUGAUGGACAUUGUAUUAGAUAUUGGACCAGAAGCAGAAAGAGUACCGGGUAAUAUGUCUGAAUGUAUCAUACAAGUGCCACCAACUACACUAUCCAGACGAGCUCAUCCUCUACCACCCGCUUAUGAACAAGAAGAGCCUGUUGAAAUGGGUCCAGUUCAUCCACCACCAGCGUAUAUUGUGCCUGUCACCAACAGCCAUUAAAAAUCAAGGAGCAUUCGAUUCCCCCCCCCCACGUGUAUUUUAUUCAUUGUAUCAUUAUAUUAAUUAUUUCCCCCCUUAUCUUUUUUUUCAUUUAAUCCAUUACUUUAUCAACUUAAACUAUCAUUUCUCUAUUCCGUUUCCAUAUUUGGGAAGGAAUAACAUAAUAGCACCAUCAAAGUGACUGUAAAAUUCUUUUUUCUCUUUAAAAUACGCCACCCAAAAUAUAGGUCGCUUU